CCUGCACCACUAUCCUCUAGCCCCACUGCCCGUAUAUAGGCCUGGGUUAUAUCACCAUUGUCCGCUCUUGAGCCUGGAAGGAAAAUGAGCUGAGGGGUUUUGUUUUUUCACAAAGGAACAGGAUAUUUCAUCAUCUCUGUGUUUACGUUUUUCAGAGAAUUUCUGUGCGAGGUAACAAAUCCAUUGUCAGCUUUUUAAAUAUAUUCCUUUGGAGUAGCCACUUAACAUCCUCUGAGGCCCAGAUGGGCCAGCUUUGCUGGGACCAUGGGAAAUGUUUGGGGCUGGAAGGCGACAGAGAUUACCGCCUUGCUAGGUCUCCCGCGCACCCCGAUGACGUCACGCGGCGAGGUUCUCUGACGUCAGAGUUUCCUGCCCACCAUCUUUGUCCCUGGCAAAGUGGGUUUUGCGCAGUGGCUUAGACCUAGAAAAGAAUCGUGACGGGCAGGAAACCAUUACACCACCACCCGGGCUGUGCUCUCCGGCUGCCGCCGCCACCCCCGCCCUCGACUUCGCCUCCGCCUCCGGUGCACAUUAAAGAUCCAAAGUCAUGACUGACUCCAAGUAUUUCACAACCAAUAAAAAAGGAGAAAUAUUUGAACUAAAAGCUGAGCUCAACAAUGAAAAAAAAGAAAAGAGAAAGGAGGCUGUGAAGAAAGUGAUUGCUGCUAUGACUGUGGGGAAGGAUGUUAGUUCUCUCUUUCCAGACGUAGUGAACUGUAUGCAGACUGACAAUCUGGAACUAAAGAAGCUUGUGUAUCUCUACUUGAUGAACUAUGCCAAGAGUCAGCCAGACAUGGCCAUCAUGGCCGUGAACAGCUUUGUGAAGGACUGUGAAGAUCCUAAUCCUUUGAUUCGAGCCUUGGCAGUCAGAACCAUGGGGUGCAUCCGGGUAGACAAAAUUACAGAGUAUCUCUGUGAGCCACUCCGCAAGUGCUUGAAGGAUGAGGAUCCCUAUGUUCGGAAAACAGCAGCAGUCUGCGUGGCAAAACUCCAUGAUAUCAAUGCCCAAAUGGUGGAAGAUCAGGGAUUUCUGGAUUCUCUACGGGAUCUCAUAGCAGAUUCAAAUCCAAUGGUGGUGGCUAAUGCCGUAGCAGCAUUAUCUGAAAUCAGUGAGUCUCACCCAAACAGCAACUUACUUGAUCUGAACCCGCAGAACAUUAAUAAGCUGCUGACAGCCCUAAAUGAGUGCACUGAAUGGGGCCAGAUUUUCAUCCUGGACUGCCUGUCUAAUUACAACCCUAAAGAUGAUCGGGAGGCUCAGAGCAUAUGUGAGCGGGUAACUCCCCGGCUAUCCCAUGCCAACUCAGCAGUGGUGCUUUCAGCAGUAAAAGUCCUAAUGAAGUUUCUAGAAUUGUUACCUAAGGAUUCUGACUACUACAAUAUGCUGCUGAAGAAAUUAGCCCCUCCACUUGUCACUUUGCUGUCUGGGGAGCCAGAAGUGCAGUAUGUCGCCCUGAGGAACAUCAACUUAAUUGUCCAGAAAAGGCCUGAAAUCUUGAAGCAGGAAAUCAAAGUCUUCUUUGUGAAGUACAAUGAUCCCAUCUAUGUUAAACUAGAGAAGUUGGACAUCAUGAUUCGUUUGGCAUCUCAAGCCAACAUUGCUCAGGUUCUGGCAGAACUGAAGGAAUAUGCCACAGAGGUAGAUGUUGACUUUGUUCGAAAAGCUGUGCGGGCCAUUGGACGGUGUGCCAUCAAGGUGGAGCAAUCUGCAGAGCGCUGUGUAAGCACAUUGCUUGAUCUAAUCCAGACCAAAGUGAAUUAUGUGGUCCAAGAAGCAAUUGUUGUCAUCAGGGACAUCUUCCGCAAAUACCCCAACAAGUAUGAAAGUAUCAUUGCCACUCUAUGUGAGAACUUAGACUCGCUGGAUGAGCCAGAUGCUCGAGCAGCUAUGAUUUGGAUUGUGGGAGAAUAUGCUGAAAGAAUUGAUAAUGCAGAUGAGUUACUAGAAAGCUUCCUGGAGGGUUUUCACGAUGAAAGCACCCAGGUGCAACUCACUCUGCUUACUGCCAUAGUGAAGCUGUUUCUCAAGAAACCAUCAGAAACACAGGAGCUAGUCCAGCAGGUCUUGAGUUUGGCAACACAGGAUUCUGAUAAUCCUGACCUUCGAGACCGGGGCUAUAUUUAUUGGCGCCUUCUCUCAACUGACCCUGUCACGGCUAAAGAAGUAGUCUUGUCUGAGAAGCCACUGAUCUCUGAGGAGACGGACCUUAUUGAGCCAACUCUGCUGGAUGAGCUAAUCUGCCACAUUGGUUCUUUGGCCUCUGUGUAUCAUAAGCCUCCUAAUGCUUUUGUGGAAGGAAGUCAUGGAAUUCAUCGUAAACACUUGCCAAUUCAUCAUGGAAGCACUGAUGCAGGUGACAGCCCUGUUGGCACUACCACUGCAACGAAUCUGGAACAGCCUCAGGUUAUCCCCUCUCAAGGUGAUCUUCUAGGGGAUCUUUUAAACCUUGACCUCGGUCCCCCAGUCAAUGUGCCACAGGUGUCCUCCAUGCAGAUGGGAGCGGUGGAUCUCCUAGGAGGAGGACUAGAUAGUCUGCUUGGCAGUGACCUUGGCGGGGGCAUUGGAGGAAGUCCGGCAGUGGGACAAUCCUUCAUCCCAUCAUCGGUGCCUGCAACCUUUGCUCCUUCACCUACACCUGCUGUUGUCAGCAGUGGACUGAAUGACCUGUUUGAACUCUCCACAGGCAUAGGCAUGGCACCCGGUGGAUAUGUGGCUCCUAAGGCUGUCUGGCUACCUGCAGUAAAGGCUAAAGGCUUGGAGAUUUCAGGAACAUUUACUCACCGCCAAGGGCACAUCUAUAUGGAAAUGAACUUCACCAAUAAAGCUCUGCAGCAUAUGACAGAUUUUGCAAUCCAGUUUAACAAGAAUAGCUUUGGUGUCAUCCCCAGCACUCCUCUGGCCAUCCAUACACCACUGAUGCCAAACCAGAGCAUUGAUGUCUCCCUGCCUCUCAAUACUUUGGGCCCAGUCAUGAAGAUGGAACCUCUGAAUAACCUCCAGGUGGCUGUGAAAAACAAUAUCGAUGUCUUCUACUUCAGCUGCCUCAUCCCACUCAAUGUGCUUUUUGUAGAAGAUGGCAAAAUGGAGCGCCAGGUCUUCCUUGCAACAUGGAAGGAUAUUCCCAAUGAAAAUGAACUUCAAUUUCAGAUUAAAGAAUGUCAUUUAAAUGCUGACACUGUUUCCAGCAAGUUGCAAAACAACAAUGUUUAUACUAUUGCCAAGAGGAAUGUGGAAGGGCAGGACAUGCUGUACCAAUCCCUGAAGCUCACUAAUGGCAUUUGGAUUUUGGCUGAGCUACGUAUCCAGCCAGGAAACCCCAAUUAUACGCUGUCACUGAAGUGUAGAGCUCCUGAAGUCUCUCAGUACAUCUAUCAGGUCUACGACAGCAUUUUGAAAAACUAACAAGACUGGUCCAGUACCCUUCAAUCAUGCUGUGAUCAGUGCAAGCCAAGAACUCUUAACUGGAAGAAAUUGUAUUGCUGUGUAGAAUCUGAACCCAAACACACUGAGGCCACCCAGCAAGGUAGUAACUAGUCUAACCUGUGCUAACAUUAGGGCACAACCUGUUGGAUAGUUUUAGCUUCCUGUGAACAUUUGUAACCACUGCUUCAGUCACCUCCCACCUCUUGCCACCUGCUGCUGCUAUCUGUCCUUACUUGUGGGCUUCUCCAUGCUGUGCCAAUGGCUGGCUUUUUCUACACCCUCUUUUGAGUGUAGUUUGGUAUUUUGUAAUUGAGAGCUCAUUUCAAAAGCAGAAAAAGACAACAAAUAUUAAAGCAAGGAAAAGUGUCACUGAAACACUGCACUUUAUUGUUUUAUACUUUUGUACAUAUGAGAAACCAAGGGAGUAGUGCAACCGGUAGAAAGCAUUGAAAUGACUGUCAUUAACCACACAGUCCUGGAGGCAGAGAUGCAGUUACCUGCCCUAGCUUUUGAGGGGUUGUCUUAUCUGUGAUAGCCUUAUCCCUGGUCAUGUGGAUUUUCAGUUUGCUUUUUUUUUUUUUUUUUCCCCUCCAGAUUCCUUUUCCUUGGCCAAGCCUUCAUGUUUCCCCCUUUCCAUAUCAUAAUCUCAUUUGAUUGCUCUGCAAUUGGGAACGGUGAUCUUCUUGAAUGAUGUUUCAGGGUGCAAAAACUAUAGAGCCUGUCAGCACCAAAGCUGAGAGAAGUUACACCUUACUCCUUUCCUUUCCCCUGAACAAACCUGCUAAUCCCACUAAUUCAGGAAUUUGAGUAGAGAUGGGGAACAACAACCCAGAUGCUGUCCCCUCACCCCCUCUCCUGCAUUUCUCAGGUCCAGUUCAAAUCUAAAAUCCUACUUUUAGAGUUGAAACAGAGUAAUAACUUACCAACCCUCUUUUUCUACAAAGGAGAAAGAUAAAAGGCACAAAGGUCACUGCCAAGGCCUGUCAGCUGUGUAGUAGCAGAGCCGAGACUGAGUCUCCUAAGUCCCCGUCAGUGUGGUUUGCACCACAGGACUAUCUCUUGUCGUUUUCCCCUAAUGCCUUCUCCUGCCUUUUCUGUGCCUACUUUUUGGCUCUUCACAUAUUCCAUAUUGAUUUUGACGCCCCGUUUAUUGGCAUCAGGUGGCAGCUGAGUAUCUUUUGAAUUACUUGAAGGUAAAGCCAGAUGCCAGAAUGAAGGCGUAGCCGGUAUUUCCCAUAUGCCCCCGGAGCCCCACUUCUUGAGGCCGGCAGAAUAGGUGCAGAGAUGAAGUGAGCUUAGAGAUGUCGCAGAUGCCCUUUAUCCCUUCAGCUCUCUGAUCUGCUCUUUCUUAAUGAUGCUUAGGCUGCAGGGCAUAUUAAGAUCAUCCCAGAGGUUCAGGCAGUUCCUGUCAUCUCUGAAAAGACUGGGGGAUAUGAAAUCUUCCCCCUACCCCCCUUAACGCAUUGGAUAUGAUUUUUCAAAGGAUGCUUCAUGCCCAAAAUACCAACCUGUUUAGCAGUGUUAUACUGUUUGAUCUGCGGGCACUUGUUGCAUUGCCUGGCACCCAGUAUUCAGGGUCCUUGACUAAGACUGUUCUUCUCAGAUGCCCUGCUUAAAUCUGGGGCACUUCAGGCUCCACGGGCCUCAUGUUGGACUGAGACCUAACUCACUGGACUCAGAGGAGGAAUCGUGAAAACAAGAGCAAAACUACCCCACAUCCCUAUUUCAUGUCUGAAAUAACCCUGAUUCGUACCAGUUGCAAAGCUUGUGGGGAGUGGUCCCCCAAAGCACUUUCUUAAACGUUGAGAAUCUCCAAGAGAAGAAUAUUUGGGGAGGGAGGGAGGAAAUAUAUCCCUUGCACACCACCCCUCAAGCACAUGGCAGUAGGAAACAGCACAGGAUUGUAUGUGGGAGGUGGGUAGGUCAGUGAUGUGUGGGGUGGAAAAGCAGGUUGGUAAAGUUCCCUUCUUGGGACUCAUUCCUGGAGUCAGUGGAUACAAGUAGUGAAGAAGGUUCACACUGCAAAUAGUGUUCUCAUCUCAAAACAAACUAUCAUUCCAGAAGGAAAAGUGUGUUGGGGCAAGCAGACAACACAAUUUCCUACCAGAAUAUGUCCCUCAACCCCCAAAACAAGGCUUCUGUCAGCCUCCCCACCAGUGAUGGAUAACAGCUCCUAUUCUCAGCUGACCUGACUGAGCCAACCCCUGAACUCUGCACUCCUUGGGGAGGCCACCUCCCGUCACACCCCUGAGCAGAGUUAGGGAGGAAUUCUACUUCCCGUAAAAGGACCUCUCCUGAGGGGCAGAACCUGGUGCCUCCACCACAGCUUCCCUCUCAGCUCAUUCCAAGCUUGGCCAAAUUAGGGGAGUGGGGUGGAGGUUGCCCUGCAUCCCCCCUCCUCUGCCUGAGUGUGUCUUUGUAAUGUCAGCUGGCAUCAUACAAAGGGCAGGAGAAGCAAACACCCAGAACUCUUUUGCUGGUCAGAGGUUCCCUGAGUGUCUGUCCUCACCCAAGCCUGCUCUGUGUGUCUGUGUUGUGAAGCUUGAGACUCUGGAAAGAAAUGGGGAGGGGGGUGGGGGAAAUGUUGCCCUAAGAAUGCUUCUCAUUCCUCUGUUCUUGUUGGGUCCUGUUUUUGGGGAGGGUGGGGGUUGGGGGAAGCUUGACCUUGUGUCUUCGUCAAUAAACUCACAUUUACACAAAA